UUCAUUAUCUGCUGGCGGAGCUCUGAAGAAAUGGUGGCCUCACUUUGCAAUACCACAUGCUCGUUGCUUCUCCGUCCGCAUCUCUCCCAAAAUUAUACCAGCGAUAAAUGUAGUGCACGAAAAUUAACUUCGAAUAAAUCAGAGUUAAGAAUAACUAACUCGAGAGCUGGUAAAGUGAACAUGGACCUCAAUCUCGACGGAGGGGAAAAACUGUAUCUCGGAAUGGACUUCGGUACAUCUGGCGCUCGGUACGCGCUGAUCGAUAAGGAAGGAGAGCUACGCGCCGAGGGAAAAAGAGAGUAUCCUCUUUACAUGAGUGAAGAAACAGUGGAUUGGGUAAAAUCGUGGAGGACGACACUUUUCGGUCUCUUGGAAGAUAUUCCGGUUAGUCUUCGCCCAGCCGUCGCUUCCAUUUCAAUUGACGGUACUUCUGCAACAACAAUUAUCGUUGACGGCAAAACAGGGGAACCCUUGUGUAAGCCUUUCCUAUAUAACCAGAGCUGUGCAGAAGCUUUACCAAUUGUGAAAGCAAUAGCACCUCCUAACCACACAGUUUGCUCCGGAUCUUCAACACUGUGCAAACUCGUCUCGUGGUGGAAUACUUCUUCCGAUAUACCUAAAAUGCCAGCUGUACUAUUGCAUCAAGCUGAUUGGCUGUUGUGGCUUCUUCAUGGAAAUCUCGGAGUUUCUGAUUACAACAAUGCCUUGAAAGUGGGCUAUGAUCCAGAAGUAGAGUCGUAUCCUCCAUGGCUGCUCUCUCAGCCGUAUUCCAGCGUUUUGCCACGUGUACAAGCUCCCGGGACCACAAUUGGCACUAUGAAAGAGAAUAUCAGAACUCAAUUUGGUUUUCGAGAGGAUUGUGUUAUUUGCACAGGAACUACCGACAGUAUAGCAGCCUUUCUCGCAGCACGUGCCAAUGAAACCGGAAAAGCUGUGACGUCUUUGGGUUCAACACUUGCUAUAAAACUACUAAGCACUAAAAGAGUAGAGGAUGCUCGUUUCGGUGUGUAUAGCCAUAGGCUUGACGAUAAAUGGCUUGUCGGUGGAGCUUCAAACACGGGAGGAGCUGUUCUCAGGCAAAUCUUUACUGACGAUCAGCUCGUAAAACUGAGCAAGCAGAUAAAUCCCGCUAAAGCUUCUCCCUUAGACUAUUAUCCCCUCAUUGAUGUCGGUGAACGAUUUCCUGUGGCAGACCCCAAAAUGGAACCCCGGUUGAAUCCUCGGCCAGAAAGUGAUGUUGAGUACUUGCAUGGUAUUUUGGAGUCGAUUGCUCGUAUUGAGGCAAAGGGGUAUAAGUUGUUGAAGGAUUUAGGGGCAAGCCGAGUUGAUGAAGUGUUUACUGCUGGCGGAGGGUCGAGAAACGAGAAAUGGAUAGAGAUACGAGAGAGGGUGCUUGGUUUGCCUGUGAGGAAGGCGCUUCAAACUGAAGCUGCUUAUGGAGCUGCUUUAUUAGCCUUGAAAGGUGCCUCUGCUGCUGCUGCACAAUAACAACAUUUCACACCAGCUAAUUAUUAUUAUUAUUAUUUUUAAUUUACUAUUACCUUUCGAAUUUGCACUUCUAGUUGGUAUCAAAAGUUUAUUUUCCAGAUUUAUUUGCUUAA